AUGACGAGUUCACGCGUCUUUUGGCUCCACAUUUUUCUGUGUUUUUGCCUACUUCAUCAAUACCACAGGGAAGCUACUACUGAACCACAACAUCCAAGAAUACUUCAAAGUCAAUCCUUUGUAGCAAGUAAAGUUUCUUCGACAGUGCAUAGCCUCAAAUAUGAGAAUAUUUUCUACUGUGGACUACUGAGAGGACCUAAACCGAUUUGCAUAAAUUACAAGACCGGGAUACAAUGGAGUCUUUCUUCACCAUCACCUUCUAACAAUGUGUACGACACUCGAAGCAAUCAAGCGAAUUAUUCACUUUCCACUAAAUCUCUCCAGUCUCGCUGUUCAAUAUCGUUACAAUAUGGCUGCAAAUGGUUAUGGAACCAAUAUACAUCCUAUCUACUUUGGAAAAUACCUGGUCCUACUUCUGAAUCUAAUACCUCACAUCUCUCGCUUUAUCGUACAGCUCUUGUCCACAGGAAUCCCAGAAAUGGUCAUUGUUGCUCAUAUUUGUCAGCUCUUUGCAUCUCCUUUGGUGUGUUACUACAAAGUGGAGACAUCCAAACCAAUCMCGGUCCUGUUCAACCUGUCACUUCAAAACUUAGGAAGGUAUCAAAAUCUACACCUUGCCCCAAAUGUCUGAAACGCGUACAAACCAACCACAAACGUUUUAUCUGCAAUAGCUGCCUUGAUUUGCAUCACGCAAAAUGCAUCGAUGUUCCUGUCGACUUAAAGAACGUCAAAGCCUCCAAGCCCAGAGAAUGGACAUGUACAAAAUGCCUAUUCACGGAACUGCCAUUUCAUCGAAACGAUCUUGAUAGCAGCUUGGAUUCUUCGAGUGAAAACAUAAAUACUUCGAUGAAUGUUACAGCUGGAAUGCAUUACGUAAAUCAACAUGAAGAGCUUAAUAACAGGCCUAACCAACUUAAAGUCUUACAUUUGAACACACAGAGUAUGCUAUCUACCUUUGAUGAGCUUUUGGCUAUAAUCAAAGAGUAUCCUUUUGAUGUUGUAGCGAUGAGCGAAACUUGGCUGAAGAAUAAUCCACACUUGUUAAAUUUUGUAACCAUUCCUGGGUAUUCAAUUUUAUACCGCAAUCGUGAUAGCAUCCGUGGCGGAGGAGUUGGCGUGUACAUUAGAGAAUCUCUUAAAUUCAAGAGAAGAACUGAUAUUGAGGCUAUCGAACCUGAACUGGAACACAUAUGGCUUGAGAUUAGUGGUCGCAAUAAGCACAGCAAGUUGCUACUAGGAGUUAUGUAUCGUUCCGAACGAAUGCAGGACUACCAGGCAUGGCUUAGCAAAACUGAAAACCUCUUCAGUCAUUUGUCAAUUAACUGGGAUGGUAUGCUGUACAUAACUGGAGACUUUAACGUUGACUUGUUAAAAACAGAAAAGGCCAUGGUCAAACAAUACACUGACAUGCUAGAGUCUCUCAAUCUUCAUCAACUAGUCCAAAUUCCCACUCGUGUAACUCCCAAGUCUAAAUCAUUAAUCGAUCACAUCAUAACUAACAUGCCUCAUCGUGUAACUCAUACAUCCGUUCUGCCAAGCCCAACAUUGAAAUCGAGCGUAAACAUGGAAACGAGGCUUAAUAGCCCCAAAUCCAAGAUGGCGGACGACGAGGAUGAUGAUGUCCACCUUCUACAAGAAGAUAUUCCUGGUUCCUCUUUUACAAAUGAGUAG